ACGACUCACUUCGUUCCUCAGUGCAUGGUAGUACAACCAAACCCCCCCUUUUUUUCAUUUUCAUUUCAAUUCAUUUCUCUCUCUUUCUUCACUCACUCCUUUCUCUCUCUCAUCGUACUCUCCCAAUUUCACCCCACGAAAAUUGAUUUUCGCCUCCGAUUUCCCUGAAUGUUGUAGGUUUUUGGAACCCAAUUCUAGGGUUUUACACUCGUUUCCAAUCUGCAACAUUUCUUUCAGCUCGCUAAAUCAAAACUAUAGUAUUCUUUAGAUUUGAUUCUGAAGGGCUUGUCUCUUGUUCGGCCCGUUAAUUUAAUUUAAGAGUCCCAAUAUUUAGAAGAUGGAUGAAAGUGAGUCUUCAAAUUUCCCGGAUGCAGAGCUGAUUGGAAUUCAGUUUGGCUUGGCUAGUCAUCAUGAAAUUCGAACAUCAUCCAUCAGUGAUUGUCCAAUUAGCCAUGCUAGUCAAUUGGCAAAUCCCUUUCUUGGCCUGCCUUUGGAAAUGGGUAAAUGUGAGUCUUGUGGUACUGCAGAACCAGGAAAGUGUGAAGGUCAUUUUGGCUGCAUUGAGUUGCCGAUACCUAUCUACCAUCCGUCUCAUGUCAGUGAGUUAAAACGGAUAUUGAGCCUAGUAUGUCUGAAAUGCUUAAAAAUGAAGUCUAAUAAGUUCCCAGUGAAGAGCAAUGGUGUUAUGGAGAAAUUAUUAUCAGCGUGUUGCGAUGAAGCUUGCCAUGUAAUUAUCAAGGAAGGCAAGAACAACGAUGGGGCUUUCUUCCUGGAGUUGAGAAUACCAUCCAGGUCAAGAGCACAAGAAGGCUGUUGGAACUUUUUGGAAAAAUAUGGUUACAGAUAUGGCGAUGGUUGUGUUAGACCUCUUCUGCCUUCUGAGGUCUUAGUGAUGUUAAAAAAGUUGCCUGAAGACACAAAAAAGAAGCUUGCCAAGAAAGGAUACAUCCCGCAGGAUGGAUUCAUUCUUAGCUAUAUACCAGUUCCUCCUAAUUGUUUAUCAGUUCCAGACGUAUCGGAUGGUAUUAGUGUUAUGUCCUCGGAUCUUUGUUCAGCAAUGUUAAAGAAGGUUCUCAGGCAAAUUGAGGUUAUUAGGAGCUCGCGUUCGGGUGAACCCAAUUUUGAGUCGCAUGAAGUUGAAGCCAAUGAGUUGCAAGUGGCAGUUUCACAGUAUCUUCAAGUCAGAGGCACUGGCAAGGCUGCACGUAAUGGUGAUAACCGAUAUGGAGUAAACAAAGAAGGCAACAAUUCAUCCUCAAAAGCUUGGGUUGAGAAAAUGCGUACAUUGUUCAUAAGUAAGGGGUCUGGCUUCUCUUCCCGUUCUGUCAUCACAGGUGAUGCCUAUCGACCUGUGAAUGAAGUUGGGGUACCAUGUGAGAUUGCCCAUAAAAUGACGUUUGAAGAGAGAGUUAAUGUGCACAAUAUAGAGUACUUGCAGAGUUUAGUUGAUAACAAUUUGUGCCUAACUUUUAGGGAUGGAUUGUCAACCUAUUCUUUGAGGGAGGGUUCCAAGGGGCAUACCUUCCUUAGACUAGGACAAAUUGUUCAUAGGAGGAUCAUGGACGGGGAUAUAGUUUUCAUCAACCGACCUCCUACUACUCACAAACAUUCUUUGCAAGCGUUGCGUGUGUACAUACAUGAUGAUCAUGUAGUCAAAAUUAAUCCUCUUAUGUGUGGUCCAUUGGCGGCGGAUUUUGAUGGGGAUUGUGUUCACUUAUUUUAUCCCCAGUCUCUAUCUGCGAGAGCUGAAGUUUUGGAACUGUUUUCAGUAGAGAAGCAGUUGUUGAGCUCCCAUAGUGGAAAUCUCAACCUGCAGCUGGCUACCGAUUCAUUAUUGUCUUUGAAGUCCAUGUUCAAUGUGUAUUUUCUUGAUAGAGCAUCAGCUCAACAGUUGGCUAUGCAUGCCUCUAGUCUUUUACCGUCUCCGGCACUAUUGAAAGCAUCUUCCUCUGGCCUCCGAUGGACAGCUAUGCAAGUUUUGCAGACUGCAUUGCCCCCUGACUUUGAAUGUCAUGGAGAUAGAUUUUUGAUACGUGGUAGUGAAAUUUUGAAGUUAGAUUUGGAUAGAGAUAUUAUGGCAUCAGUUAUUAGUGAGCUUUUGACAUCGUUGUUCUUUAACAAAAGCCCCAAAGAUGCUUUGAACCUUUUUGACUCUCUGCAGCCUCUGUUGAUGGAAAAUUUGUUCGCCGAAGGUUUUAGUGUUGGGUUGCAUGAUUUUUUUUAUCCUAUUUCUGAACUGAAAAAUAUGCAAAUGGAGAUCCAGGAUCUUUCUUCAUUACUAUAUCAGCUAAGGUCAUCGUUUAAUGAAUUAGUACAACUGCAGUUUGAAAGUGAUGUUCGAUCACUUAAAGUGCCAAUUGCAAAUUUCUUUCUCAAGUAUUCAGCGCUUGGAAAUCUAAUCGAUUCUAAGAGUGAUUCAGCUAUUGAUAAGGUAUUGCAGCAAAUUGGAUUUUUGGGAUUGCAACUUUCAGAUAGAAGGAAAUUUUAUUCUAAGAGCUUGGUAGAAGAAGUAGCGUCUCUUUUUCACCAAAAGUAUCCGUUUGCAAAUACGUAUCCUUCAGAAGAGUUUGGGUUUGUGAGAAGUUGUUUUUUCCAUGGAUUGGACCCAUAUGAAGAGAUUGUGCACUCAAUUGCUACCAGAGAGGUGAUUGUUCGUUCAUCAAAAGGUUUAGCUGAGCCAGGAACUUUAUUCAAGAAUUUGAUGGCAAUUCUUAGGGAUGUCGUCAUAUGCUAUGAUGGAACUGUCAGAAACAUCAGUAGUAAUUCGGUCAUUCAGUUUGAGUAUGGGGUUGGAGGGAUGGCAUCUGAGAUUUUGUUUCCUGCAGGUGAGCCUGUAGGAGUUUUGGCAGCCACUGCUAUGUCAAAUCCUGCUUAUAAGGCUGUUCUUGAUUCCUCACCCAAUAGUAACUCUUCUUGGGAUAUGAUGAAGGAAAUAUUGUUCUGCCGAACUAGUUUCAAGAAUGAUUUGAAUGAUCGUCGUGUCAUAUUAUAUCUGAAUGAUUGUUGUUGUGGUAGGAAGUAUUGUCAAGAAAAUGCUUCUUGCCUUGUUAAGAAUCAUCUGAAAAAGGUUAGCCUCAGAGAUGCUGCAGUUGAGCUUUGUAUCGAGUACAAACGGCCAAAAUUUGAACCUGAAAGUUGUGAAGUAGACAUGGGACUCGUUGGUCAUAUCCAUCUCAAUGCGGUUUUGCUGAAGGAGUCCGGCAUUAGCAUGAAUGACAUCCUUCUAAAAUGCGAAGAACAAGUUAACUUGUUGCGCAAGAAGAAGAAGUUUGGUUAUCAUUUCAAGAGGAUACUUCUGUCUGUUAGUCAGUGUUGCUUCUUCAAGCAUUCUGGUAGUAGAUGGGCUGAUAUGCCAUGCUUGAAGUUCUUUUGGCAAGAACAAGACUUGUCUGGCUCUCAAUUGGAGAGAACAAAACAUAUAAUGGCUGAUAUGAUCUGUCCCGUUCUAUUGGACACAAUUAUUAAAGGUGAUCCUCGGAUUUCUACUGUCAAUAUCAUCUGGAUAAAUCCAGGCACAACGACUUGGGUGGAGAGUCCCUGUAACAGCAGAAAAGGUGAGUUGGCGGUUGAAGUUACUCUGGAGAAGGAAGCUGUUAAGCAAAGUGGUGAUGCGUGGAGAAUUGUUUUGGACUGUUGUCUGCCUGUUUUCCACCUGAUUGAUAGCACGCGCUCUAUCCCAUAUGCUAUUAAACAAAUCCAGGACUUGUUCGGUAUAUCAUGUGCCUUUGAUCAAGCUGUACAGCGCCUCUCAACAUCUGUUACUAAGGUCACAAAAGGCGUUCUCAAAGAACAUCUGCUUCUUUUAGCCAGUAGCAUGACAUGUGCAGGGAAUCUAGUUGGUUUCAACAUGAGUGGUAUCAAGGCUCUAUGCCGUGCCUUGAGUGUUCAAGUUCCUUUCACUGAGGCCACUUUAUAUACACCACGUAAAUGUUUUGAGAGGGCUUCUGAAAAGCGUCACGUGGACACUCUAGCGAGCAUUGUGGGAUCGUGCUCUUGGGGAAAGCGUGUGGCUAUUGGAACUGGAGCCAAGUUUGAUGUCCUAUGGGACACAAAAGAGAGUGCGAUGGCUGACAAACCAACUGAUGUUUACAACUUCCUUCAUCUGGUGAGUUGUUCAAAUGAGGAAGAGGUGGAUACUGGGGGUUUGUGUGAAGAUAUUUUGGAGGAAGAACUAGCUCUUUCUCCAGAACCAGAAAAUGUGGCCGUCUUUGAUGAUCCUGUUGAAUUGGAUCCUGAUUCUGAAAUUGGUGCUGAUUCUGCUGGGAAAGAAUGGAGUGCUACUAAAACUGAUACUGGCUCAGCUGAAGCUCCUGGUUGGUCGUCAUGGGGAUCAAAGCAAAGUCUUUCUAAGCCAGAUGUAUCAACCAAAGAUGGUGGGUGGGAUUCUGGAAAUGGAUGGGGCGCAAAGAAAGCUGAUACAGAUUCUGGCUCUGCAGAAGGUGGUAAUUGGUCUUCAUGGGGAUCAAAACAAGUUAAGCCACUGCCAGAGGAUUCAUCCAAGGUUGAUCCUCCAAUUGGUGAUGAGACUGCUGGGAAAGGAUGGAAUUCCACAAAGACAGAUACUGGUACAUCAAAAGAUUCUGGUUGGUCAUCAUGGGGAUCAAAGCAAAGUCAGUCGAAGGCAGAUGAGUCAACUAAGGAUGGUGGUGGGUUGGAUUCUGGAAAUGGAUGGGGUGCAAAGAAAGUUAACACAGAUUCUGGCUCGGCUGGUGGUAAUUCUUCUUGGGGGUCAAAGCAAAGUCAGUCGAAGGCAGAUGCGUCAACUCAGGAUGUUGGGUUGGAUUCUGGAAAUGGAUGGGGUGCAAAGAAAGUUACCGCAGAUUCUGGCUCGGCAGGUGCUAAUUCUUCUUCUUGGGGAUCAAAGCAAAGUCAGUGGAAGGCAGAUGAGUCAACUAAAGAUGGUGGGCUGGAUUCUGGAAAUAGAUGGGGUGCAAAGAAAGUUAAUGCAGAUUCUGGCUCGGCAGGUGGUAAUUGGUCUUCUUGGGGAUCAAAGCAAAGUAAGCCACUUCCAGAAGAUUCAUUUAAGGCAGGUGUUGAAAAUGAUGCUGAUUCUUCUGGAAAAGGAUGGAAUGCUACUAAGACGGAUACUGUUUCAGCAAAAGCUCCUGGCUGUUUGUCAUGGGGAUCACAACAAAAUCACUCAAAACCAGGUGAUUCUAUCAAGGAUGGUGGUUGGAACACUGGAGACAGAUCAGGGGCGAAGAAAACUGAUGUAGAUUCAGGCUCGGUAGAAGACGGGGGUUGGUCUUCUUGGGGAUCAAAGCAAGGAAAACGCCUUCCAGAAGAUUCACCCAAGGUUGGUGGUAAGGAUGGAUCAAAAUCUUGGGGUGGAUUUAAUGCUGAAGAUUCUUCACCUGCUUGGGGCCAGCCAGUCAAAGAUAUUGCUACUGGUGGUAGGUCCAGCUGGGGUGCAAAACCUGAAGAUGCUUCUGGAGCUAAUGGUUGGGGUGCAUCAAAAUCUUGGAGUGGUUCCACUCCCAAGGAGCCUUCGUCUUCUUGGGGUAAGCCAGUAUGCGAGAAUCAACAGGAGAACGUUGUUGGAAGUCCUGGUGGCUGGGGUUCUGGCAAGGCCUCUGGGGAGGAUGGUUCCCAGAGUUGGAAUCCUCGAGAAAAAGAGAACAAGACCCAAUCUUCUUGGGGGCAACCAAAGUUUGGCAAUGGGAGUGCUGGUAAGGUCAAUGAAGAUCGUAACUCUAGUAGUUGGGGGGCUCCAAAACAAGACAAUAAGCCUCCAACUGCUUGGGGACAACCCAAGAAAGAUCUGCCACAGCCUGAAGAUGCUUCUCAUGAAGAUGGUGCCAACGGUUGGGAAUCCAAAAAAGUACAGCAAAAGAAUCAAUCUUCGUGGGGACAGCCUAGUGACUCAAUUGCGAAAAAUUCUUCUCAAAAUGCUGAUAAUUGGGGUUCUAAUAAGUCUCAAUCUGAAGAUAAACUUGGUUGGGGUUCUGAAAAUUCCAACACUGGCAAUAGCAAUGAGAAACAAGAUUCUUGGGGACAACCCGAUGCUUCACCUUGGGGACAACCAGGUGGGUCAGGUUGGAAUAAGAAACAGAAUGAAGGGGAUCGUGGCUGGGGAUCUUCAAACACUGGAGAGUGGAAAAGCCGGAAGAAUAGGCCUCCAAAACAACCUGGAGGCCAAAAUGAUGAUUCGAAUCCUGUGGCAUUUACAGCUACUAGAAAACGGAAGGAUAUAUUCUCUGAUGAAGAGCAAGAUGUUCUAAAUGAACUGGAAUCUAUCAUGCAGUCAAUUCGAAGAAUCAUGCAUCAGUCAGGGUGUAAUGAUGGUGAACCUCUUCCUGCUGAUGAUCAAACGUAUGUGGUUGAUAAUGUCCUCAACUAUCAUCCUGAUAAGGCGGCCAAAAUAGGAGCGGGAAUUGAUUUUAUCACGGUUAAAAAGCAUAGCAAUUUCCAAGAAAGUCGUUGCUUUUAUGUUGUGUCGACUGAUGGUCAGAGCACGGACUUCUCUUACAUCAAAUGCUUGGAGAGUUUCGUGAAGGGGAAGUACCCUUUGGUUGCUGAGUCCUUCACCUCCAAAUAUUUUAGGAAGCCACGUCCACAAGUGAACCCUUCAGCUCCUAGUCCAUCACCAUCGAGUCCUUCACCUGCAACUUCUUCACCAUCGAGUCCUGCACCUCCAAGUCCUCAAAGCUGAUGACGAGACCCGAAUUCCUGAUUUUUUGCUUUGACUAGCUUUGACUGUUGUACAUAGCUAGGUACUAGCAGUUGGCCAAGAUUAGAGUUAAUAUGCACCCCUUCCCUAAUUUUUGCGACCGUUAAGCUAAUGCAAUGGUGCUAUUGUAUCCUAGAAGCUGAAAUAACCUGUCUUGUGAAUUUGUACAGAAUUAAAAGUUUCUCUUGCAGGGAGACAAGCUGUGGCUGAGUACAUGACUAAAAAUUCUUGGCAUCUUAAACUAGUUUUUACUGUCGGAGCUUCGAAAGUUGUUUUUCUAUCUGGAUUUCUACUUCUGUUCUGGUUUC